AUGUUGAUGUUAUUUCUUCUAUCAUCCGCUCAAACACUCGUUGCUAUAAAUGGUUUCUCGAUAUCAGAACCAUCACCUUCAACAUCUCCUAGCACAACAAAACCAGAGUUCUCGACAUCGAGGAAGGAUGAAUCGACAUCCACGUUAUCUACAGCCACAUCAUUGAUCACAAACACAAUCGCUAUCUCUUCUAUUCUAUCAGCCUCUUCAACUUCUGGAACAGAGCACCUUACGGGCAAUGCCGAAGUUGCAUCAACAGCCACAACGAGUGAUGCUCAAUCGACUCAAACAGCAACUUCAUCCACAAGCUCUGGUACAAAUCGCAAUACGCUGAUCAUAAUUCUCGCUUCUGUCCUCGGUACACUCGCUAUCAUAGUUGUUUCAAUUGCUGUAUAUCUUCUCAGGCGAUAUCGAAGGGAACGUAGUUUUAGUGGAAGAGGAGUGACUCCGAUAGACGACAGCGAAAUCGAAUCAUGGCGACGCUCUGGGAAUGAAAGAAAGGUGUUUAUGGGCGAGGACUUGGUAUUCGACAAGGAGACUGGAGGUCGAGACUACUUUCAAUCCAACACAAUACAAAUGGCGCACUCUCCGGGUUGGACGUGGACUGCUUCUCCUACAUCCACUCGAACACGAUCUACUUUUUACCCUUCAGGUAUCUCAGGAUACGUACCUGAUACCCCUACUUUCCUCGCUCAGGCUCCGAACGCUAGAGUUGGUCUUACCGACGAAAUCAUACCGGGUGCAGAACCAUUUAUCAAACCAGCGGAACGACAUAGAUCAAGGUUAUCAAAGUCAGGAGGCCAUUCACGUACGAAGAGCAGGAGGAGUAGUUUGAGUGCGAGAAGUAUGUGGAGUAUCAAAAGUGGCAAUGGAGGCGAAUCAAAAGAAUUGAGAGCCAAUGACAGGGUAGCGACAUGGUACGAUCCAGAAGAUGACUUUCGAACCCACAGAGAUUACAGCCACAACAGAGACUACAACGAUUCACCCAUGUCAUUCCGAGAAAUGACACCAGGCCCGGGGACGCCUGGGCCAGUCACAUCAUUAUCACCAAGACCACCACCACGUGCUGCGCACCCGUCAUUCUGGGAUAGCGACCGUGAGAUUGGGUUGGCCAUCUCAUAG